AUGCUCGAAGGACUCGUCGCCGGCUUGCUUAAUCGCUUCCUCGGCAUGUACGUCAAAAACUUCGAUCCCACGCAACUCAAGGUUGGAAUCUGGUCGGGCGACGUCAAGCUUCGCAACCUCGAGCUUCGGCGCGAGGCCCUCGACCAGCUCAAGCUGCCCAUCAACGUCGUGGAGGGCCAUCUCGGCGAGCUGACCCUCGUCAUCCCCUGGUCCAACCUGCGCGGUGCCCCCGUCAAGGUCCUGCUCGAAAACGUCUUCCUCCUCGCGAGCCCCAAGGAGGAGGCCCAGUAUGACGAGGAGGAGGAGGAGCGCCGUCGGCAGCGGCUCAAGAUGGAGAGGCUCGACAGCGUCGAGCUCCUCAAGGAGAGCAACCGCGAGGGCAUGAGCCAGGAGGAGCAGAAGAAGAACCAGAGCUUCACCGAGAGCCUCGUCACCAAGAUCGUCGACAACCUGCAGGUCACCGUCAGGAACAUCCACAUCCGCUACGAAGACUCCAUCUCGGCCCCGGGCCACCCCUUCGCCCUCGGCCUGACCCUCGACGAGUUCAGCGCGGUGAGCACCGAUGGCCAGUGGAACCCGACCUUCAUCCAAGACUCGGCCGACACGACGCACAAGCUCGCCACCCUGGGCGCCUUGGCCGUCUACUGGAACACCGACUCGGACCUCUUCGGCACCGGCCGAGAGGCGGACGACUCCUCCGACCGCCGUCAGCUGACCAACGAGCAGAUGGUGGAACGGUUUCGGUCCAUGGUUGGCCGGCCCGACUCCGCCGCCAGCCCGAACCACCAGUUCAUCCUCAAACCGGUCAGCGGCCAGGCCAAGAUCGAGAUCGACAAGACCGGCGACGUGCACGCGCCCAGGCUCAAGGCGAACUUGCUCUUCGAGGAGAUCGGCCUCGUCCUCGACGACCAUCAGUAUCGCGACGCCCUCAUGAUGGUCGAUCUGUUCCACUACUUCAUCCGCCACCAGGAAUACAAGGCCCUGCAGCCCAAGGAUGUCCGCCCCAAGGAGGACCCCCGCGCCUGGUUCCGCUUCGCCGCCAACGCCGUCCUCGGCCAGAUUCACGACAGAAAUCGCAAGUGGUCCUGGGGCUACUUCCGAGAGCGCCGCGACGAUCGCAACCGAUACAUCGACCUCUUCAAGAAGAAGAAGCAGCAGCAGCAGCUGAACGCCGACGAGGCCGACGACCUGACCAAGCUCGAGUCGAAGCUCAGCUACGAGGACCUGCGAUUCUGGCGCUCCUUGGCCCGCAACCACCUCAAAAAGGAGAACGCCGCCGCCCUGAGGAAGCAGUCUGCCCAGCAGGACCAAGGCUGGCUCGGUUGGAUGUGGGGCUCGAAGCCGCAAGGCACCGUCGAGGAGAACGAGGAGAACACGCAGAUGACGGAGGAGCAGCGAAAGGAGCUCUACGACAUGAUCGAUUGGGACGAAAAGGCCGCCUUGGCCAAGGAGAUCGACGUGCCGCGCGAGGCCGUCAAGCUGUGCGUCGAGGCGUCCCUGAGCACCGGCAGCUUCACCCUGCGGCAGAAUCCCCAUGGCAAAACGAGAGACCUGCUCAGCUUCCACUUCGACGUCUUCAAAGCCAAGGCGCUGCAGAGGCAAGACUCCAUGCUCGCCGUCGUCAGCCUCGGAGGCUUGCGCGUCAACGACGGCACCACCCCCGGCAGCCUCUACCCCGAGAUCGUGCGGGUCAAAGGUGCUCCCGACGGGAAGCGGCGUAGGAGGCUGUCGCUGGUCGAGCUCGAGACCACCAGGGACGAGCCGUUCUUCCAGUUCGAGGUCGAGAAGAACCCCAUCGAGCGCGAGGGCGACAUCGCCGUCGUCGGCAGGCUGAAGCCGCUCGAGGUUGUUUGGAAUCCCAACCUCAUCGUCGGCGUCGUCGACUUCUUCCGCCCGCCCGACACCCAGAUGGAGUCCAUCACGGCCUUGAUGGAGACGGCCGGCGCCACCGUCGAGGGCUUCCGCGAGCAGACGAGAGCCGGCCUGGUCUUUGCCCUGGAGGAGCACAGGACCAUCAACGCCGAGCUCGACCUGCAGGCGCCCCUCAUCAUCGUGCCCGUCAGCAUCACCGCCGAGGACUCGACCUGCCUCAUCGUCGACGCCGGCCACAUCCAUGUCAACAGCCAGCUCGUCGACCAAAUCACCAUGAAGGAGAUCCAGUCCAAGCAGCGGCAGUCGUCGACCGACGAAGACUUUAAGCGGCUCGAGUCCGCCAUGUACGACAAGUUCAUCGUCAAUCUCACCUCGACCCAAGUCCUCAUCGGCCCCUCCAUAGCGGAAACGAAGGCGCAUCUGAUCAACAAGGGCGACGGCACGCAUCUGCACGUCGUCGAGCAGAUCAACGUCGACUUCGUCGUCGAAACGUGCAUUCUGCCCAAGGCGCCCAAUUUGACAAGGUUCAAGGUGUCCGGUCAUCUGCCGAUGCUGCACGCCACCGUCUCCGAUACCAAGUACAAGAAUCUCAUGAAAAUCAUCGACGUUGCCAUUCCAAAGCUUGGCAACGAAGCGCAGCAUGGCGGUGUGCCGGAAUCCCAGGUCGAGCAGUCGCAGCGGUACAGCCUCGCCAGCCAGGCUUCGAACAAGUCUCGACAGACGCCGCGCGAGCGCCGACAAUCCUCCGCCUUUCCCUUCAUGCAGCCGCCAACGGCCGUCAUCCUGGACGAUCUGGACGACGACGACGACGACGACGACUUCGAGGAUGCCAAGAACGGUCCCGAAGGCGAUAAUCUCCGAAUUCAGCAGCGAAACUUUGAAUUCAACUUCAAGGUCGACACCCUCAAGGGCUCGCUUUACCGGAGCGAUGCCGACAGGAGGAAACCGGACACGCUGCUCGUCGAGCUCGUCGCUGAGCGUUUCGACCUCACCUUUUACACGAGGCCCUUUGACAUGGCCGCCGACAUUUCUCUCGGCGCCGUCACCGUCGAGGAUUUCGUCGACAACCCCUCGGGCGAGUUCAAGUCCAUCGUGUCGUCUGGCGAUAGUGAUGACCUGCAAGCGGGACGAAGCCUCGUCCAUGUCAAGUUCGUCCGGGUCAACCGGCAGUCGCCCGAGUUCAUGCCGGUCUACGAGGGUGUCGAGACGAACAUCACCGUCGUCGUUUCGACCAUCAACGUCAUCGUCACCCGAAGCACCCUGCUUACCCUUUUGGAUUUCAUCCUCAUCACUUUCGCCGCUGGCGACAAUGAGAAGGACCCAGAGCAGACCCGGCCGCCACUCCUCGGACCCGACGGCGUCGACAAUGCCGCGAGCGACGACGCUGCCGUCGAACCCCUGCACCCGGACGCAAACGUAGGCUCUAUACGCGUCAAGUGUGACCUCAAGAGCAUCAGGCUCAUUCUCAACAACGACGGCAUCAGGCUGGCCACCCUCUCCUUCAACCAGGCCUAUGCGGGAAUCUUUUUGCGUGGAAGGAGCAUGCGCAUUUCUGCGAGGUUGGGCGACCUGUCGCUCGUCGACGAUGUUAAUUCCGGCGUCUCGGAGGACUCGAACUUGCGCAGGCUCGUGACCAUUCAAGGCGACGACCUGGCCGAUUUUCGUUACGAGACCUUUGACCCCUCCAACGAAAAGGCCUAUCCGGGAUACGACAGCUCCGUUCACCUCCGCGCCGGAUCCGUCAAGGUCAACUUCGUCGAGGAGCCUUUCCGGAAGAUCAUCGGUUUCCUCGUCAAGUUUGGCAAGAUGCAGGCCUUGUACAACGCCGCCCGACAAGCGGCCGUCUCUCGGGCCAAUCAGAUUCAGCAGAGCCCCAGCAGGUUCAAGUUCGACGUCAUCGUCAAGACCCCGAUCGUCGUCUUUCCUCGUUCCAUGACACCCGGCCAGCCGAAGCGAGAUGUCAUAACGGCCUAUCUGGGCGAGAUAUACGCCCAGAAUAAGUUCGCGCCGCUCGACGACAGCAAGGACGCGGAGGUUGCCAUGAAAAUAUCCACGGGCAUCAGGAACGUUCGCCUCACCUCGGACUUCCACUACGACGGCGACAAGUCGGAAGAGCUGGAGAUGAUCGAUCACGUUGACCUUGGAUUCGACAUCACCUACGCCGAACACAAGGAGGGCGCCCAACGCCCCGAUACGGAGGUGUGCGGGUCGCUGUCGGAUAUCAAGCUUCGAUUGACCCAGCACCAGCUCAGAUUCCUCGUCGAAAUUUCCAAGUCUGUUCCGGCUGUCUUCGUGGGAGAGGACAACGAAGGCGAUGGAGACACCGCCCGAGUCACGGACGAGAGCAAGAUACAGCACGUGAGCAGCCCGGCAGGUGACGGGUCCGGGGAGCAGCAUCUCAUGGACCUACCCCCCGAGCUGGUCUCCGUCUCCAAUGCUCGGACGAAGCUUGAUGUCCUGUUCAACGCCAGCACCGUCGGUCUGGAGCUUAUCAUGGCCCGGGAGGAUGAGCCAGUAGGCGACUUGACCGCCUCGAGCCUGUCCCGAUUCUCGCUGGACGACACAAAGGUUAAGACGCGGAUGCUGACGGAUGGCGCCUUGGAGGCAGAGCUGUUGAUUCGCUCAUUCACCAUUUACGACAGCCGUCCAAGAGACACGAACAAAUUCCGCCGCAUCAUGACCUCGUCGAACAAGGAAGCGCAGCAGUUGAUGGCCAGCGUCACGAUAUCCGGUGGCAAGGAGCGCAGCCUCGUUGCGAUGGCGACAGUGGAUAGCCCUCGCGUCAUCUUUGCACUGGAUUACCUGUUUGCCCUUUCUAAAUUUGCCACCGAAGGUCUCGUGGUCGAAAACUUGAGCCCCAUGGAUGGCGAAAGCCUUCUCGAAACGCCAGACGAAUCCGAUUCCGAAUCGGAAGCUACACUUUCCGACACCAGGUCGGGCCGGUCGCAGUCUCAGGCAUCUCGGCAGCGCAGUGACAAGAGCAGUGGCAAGCUGCAGAAGCCAGGAGAGGAUUCCAUCAUGAGCGUUGCCUUUCGUGUCAAUCUCGUCGAUGCCCAAGUCAUAUUGAUUGCGAAUCCCCUCAGCUCCGGCUCGGAAGCGAUCGCGUUGAGCAUUCGACAAAUGGUCCUUUCGAAGCAGAACGCCAUCACGUUCCAAAUCUCCCAGAUUGCCAUGUUUCUUUGCCGAAUGGACAAGUUCGAAACGUCGCGCCUGAGGAUCAUUGACGACUUUUCGAUUCAGCUGAACAUGGAUACGUCGCAACAAACCAUGAUGAGCAUACAUAUCGAUGUCGAGCCGUUGAUCUUGAGGCUAUCCCUCCGAGAUAUUCUUCUCGUCCUUCAAAUCGUCAGCAGAGCAGGGGAGCUAUCUGCGGCCGAGACCAAGGGGUCGAGCAGUUCGCCCGGCGAAGAGAAGGCGCGGCAGCAGCGGAACGCCAGCUUCAAGAAUAAGAGCCCGAGUGGACAUGGCAAGCCAACGAUAGCGAGGGCCAAAGGAACAAAGUCCGUAACCACACUUGUCCCGAAGGAAUCCCAGCCAAGCCAGCCUCCGCCGCCGGCCAAGCGCGAGGAGCUUUCGGCCACGGUGGAGGGCGUGCGUGUUGUCUUGAUCGGCGACCUGCACGAGCUGCCUAUUUUGGAUUUCGGCAUCAAGGACUUUACAGCAACGGCGGAGAACUGGUCGACCAACCUGAAGGCGGAUGCCGCCAUUGAUCUGUACUCGAAUGUGUACAACUUUUCCAAGUCGAGCUGGGAGCCUCUGCUGGAACCGUGGCAAGUGGGCUUCGGCGUAGCCAAGGAAUCUGUAUCGGGCCUGCUCUCCGUCGAUGUGGCUUCCAAGAAGACCUUUGACAUUACGCUCACGACGGCGACGAUUGCGCUGGCAUCCAAGUCCCUCGACUUCUUGACGACGGAAAAGGACAUUCUGGAGAAGCCGCGCGGGGUCGAAGCGCCGUAUCGCGUCAGAAAUUACACCGGCUUCGAGGUCGAGCUGCUCUCCAAGAGUCCUUCCAGCGACGAACCUCUCACACUGCGGCUCCAGGAUGGGCAAGACGCACCCUGGAGCUUCGAGACUUGGGAGAAGAUGCGGGAGAGCCUUUUGACGGAAACGAAUCAAAACGACGUGGGCAUCCGUCUCGAAGGAAGCGGCUUCGACCUGGUCAAGAAUGUCCGUUUCAAUCGAGAAGGCGAGUUCCUCUACAGCCUUCGACCCAAAGCGGAAAACGUGACGCAUCGAAUGUGCGUCGAGGUCAGCCUCGGUUCCGACUACGUCAAGUACGUGACACUGCGAUCGCCGCUGGUUGUCGAAAAUGCGACGCAGAUCCCCGUCGAGCUCGGCAUCUACGACGCACAGACGGGCCAUCUGCUCAAGAUUGAAAAGAUCGCGCCCGGCGACUCGCGCCCGGCGCCCGUCGGUGCCGUGUACGAGAAGCAAGCGCUCGUCCGACCGGACGGCGGCUUCGGAUACCAGUGGAGCAGAGAUCAUCUCUGGUGGAGGGACCUACUCAGGAACCCGACGCAGCAACUCGUGUGCAAGGGAGAGAACGGGGAUCCCUUCUACUUUCAGGCGCAUGCCCAGAUUGAGAAAGCCAAUCCCAUGGCGAAGAUAUACCCCUCGAUGAGAAUCAAGCUGUCCGCUCCGAUCACGUUGGAGAAUCUGCUGCCUUACGACUUCAAGUACCGCAUAUACGACAAGAACACGAAGAAGGACUGGUCAAACUUUCUGCGCAAGGGUGGCGUGAGCCCCGUCCACGUCGUGGAGCUUUCCCACCUGCUGCUGCUGAGCAUCGACAUGCAAGACACCGUCUUCAAACCGAGCGACUUUUCCAUCAUCAACUCCGGCAACAGCGAUGACUUCCGAAAGGAAAGCCGGAUCGUCGUGAAGGAUGAGCAGGGGUUGCCCCUGAAUCUGAGCCUGCACUACUACAGAAUGCCCAACUGCGGAGGCGCCUUCAAGAUCACCGUCUACAGUCCGUACGUCGUCCUGAACAAGACCGGGCUGGACCUGAGAGUCAGGGCCAAGAGCUUCCUGCAACAGGCCAAAGCUGCUGCUGGGCAGUUCCCUCUCGUGGACACGUCAAACCAGGAGCGGCCAAAGGCGCUGCCCUUCAUGUUCUCCUACGGCAACGACGACCAUCGCAACCGGGCACUGCUGAAGGUCGACGAGUCGGAGUGGAGCAAACCGCAGAGCUUCGACGCGAUCGGAAGCACGUCGGAAGUUGUCCUCACCUCGACGUCGAAGCAGAGAGAGAUACACGUCGGCAUCACGGUGAAGUCGGGCGAUGGCAAGUACAAGAUGACCAAGGUCAUCACGCUGGCGCCUCGAUUCGUUCUGGAGAACAAGCUGGGCGAGGAGAUCUUGGUGCGAGAGUCUAGUUCAUCGGGGUACAUGACCCUCAAGCCCGGCGCGCUGCAGCCGCUGCACUUUAUGCAGAAGUCGCCGGUCAAGCAGCUGUGCCUGUGCCACCCGGGCGUGGACAACCAUUGGACCUCGCCGUUCAACAUUGCGGACAUUGGAAUAACGCACGUCAAGAUUGCCAAGGCCGGCCAGCGCCAGCGUCUCGUACGGGUCGAGAUCCUCUUGGAGGACGCCACCGUCUUCCUCAACCUCAGCAUGGAGACCAACAACUGGCCGUUUUCGAUGCGCAACGAGAGCGAUACGGAAUUUACCUUUUACCAGCGCAACCCGAGCGUCGACGAGGACGACAUGGAGGAUCGAAGCGGAUGGAGACCCAUCCGAUAUCGGCUGCCGCCGCGGAGCAUCAUGCCCUACGCCUGGGACUUUCCGGCAGCCAAGCUCCGGGAGCUCGUGAUUGUGACGAACCGCAAGGAGCGACACGUCAAGCUGGCGGAAAUCGGCAACCAGAUCCCUAUGAAGGUGACGGGCGCUGACGGGCAGCAAAAGUUCAUCGACAUCAACGUCGCGGCCGAUGGGCCGACGCAGACGCUCAUACUCAGCAAUUUCCGCGCAAGCAAGAGCUUGUACAGGCCCAAGACGCUCUCACGAACGAGCACGGGACCGGAAGCGUUCGAGGUCAAGGACCAAGACACCGGAGCGACGUUCCGGGCGCAGCUCCGGCUGUCGGGCGUUGGCAUAUCGCUGAUCAAUUCCCAGCUGAAGGAGCUGGCCUACAUCACGUUCCGGGACGUCCAACUGCGGUUUAGCGACUCACCCGUGAUCCAGACGGUCUCCCUGGCGGUGAAAUGGAUGCAGAUCGACAACCAGCUCUACGGCGGCAUCUUUCCGAUGAUCCUGUACCCGAGCGUCGUGCCAAAGAAGGCGAACGAGGUGGAUGCGCAUCCCUCGCUGCACGCCAUGGUCAGCCGGGUCAAGGACAACUCGUACGGCGUGCUGUACAUCAAGUACGCCACGGUGCUGCUGCAGCAGAUGACGGUCGACCUGGACGAGGACUUUGUCUUCGCCCUGAUGGAGUUCUCCAACGUGCCCGGCGCGAGCUGGACGGACGUGGAGUCGGAAGGAAAGCUCUGCGACGAGGACCUGGACAUCCCGGAACCGUCGCAGCAGCAGUCGGGCCAGGACAUGUACUUUGAGGUGCUAAACAUCCAGCCGAUGCAGCUCGACCUGAGCUUCAUGCGGACGGAGCGGGUCAACGCCGAGGACAAGACGUCGUCCCGGAACCCCAUCAUGUUCUUCCUCAACGUCAUGACGAUGGCCAUCGGAAACGUCAACGAUGCGCCGAUCCGGUUCAACGCGCUGAUACUGGACAACAUGCGGGUGUCGACGCCGGUGCUGAUCCAGAACGUGUCGAGCCACUACAGCCAGGAGGUGAUGUACCAGCUGCACAAGAUCCUCGGCUCGGCCGACUUUCUCGGCAACCCGGUCGGGCUGUUCAACAACAUCUCGUCGGGCGUCACGGACAUCUUCUACGAGCCGUACCAGGGUCUCAUCCUCUCGGACAGGCCGGAGGAGUUUGGCUUGGGCAUCGCGAAGGGGGCGGCGUCGUUUGCGAAGAAGACGGUGUUUGGCUUCAGCGACAGCUUCUCCAAGUUCACGGGAAGCCUGAGCAAGGGCAUCGCGGCCGCGUCGCUGGACAAGCAGUUCCAGGACCGGCGGCGCAUCACGCGGGCGCGCAACCGACCGAAGCACGCGCUGUACGGCGUCACGGCCGGCGCCAACUCGCUGUUCACGAGCGUCGCGUCGGGCGAGGGCGCCGUCGGCUUCUUCAAGGGCGUCGGCAAGGGCGUCCUCGGCCUCGCGACGAAGCCGGCGGUCGGCCUGCUGGACAUGGCGAGCAACCUGGACCGGACGCGGUUCCCGCGCUUCAUCCCGGGCGACGGCAUCGUGCGGCCGUACAACCCGCGCGAGGCGCUCGGCCAGUACUGGCUGAAGCAGGUGGACAACGGCAAGUACUUUGACGAGCAGUACAUCGGCCACCUCGAGCUGCCGAAGGAGGACAUGGUGACGAUCGCCAAGGAACGGACGGGCGUCAGCCUGACGCUCCGCGGAGGCGCCAACGGGCCGUUUAUCCCGGUCGGAGGCGGCAGCGAGCGAGGAUUCCUGUACAAGAUGGUCGGCGUUGCCGUCGAGGAGUUUAACCGGCGGUUCAGGGGCGGCGAGUAG